GUUCUAAGGUCAAAGGACGUUUAUGAAUUGUUUACCUCGAAACAACAUGUUUCUUAGCGGUGGUUAUUUGAGACAACGACAUGCUCAAUCUUCUAUGCAGAAUGGCAGAGAGAUGUAUUGCAGCUCUAAAGUCCUCAGGAAAGCCCAAAGUGCUUGUGAUAGCAGGCAGCACCUCAGUUGGCAAGACGAACCUCUCACUAGAGCUAGCGUCUCGUCUCGGUGGGGAGGUGGUCUCUGCUGACUCAGCACAGGUGUUUUGUGGUAUGGACAUUGGAUCUGCCAAGAUCAGCCAAGAUGAAAUGAGGGGAAUCCCCCACCAUCUCCUGAAUAUUGCUGAUGUCAGCGAUUCUUUUUCGGCUGGACAGUAUGCAGUAGAGGCCGUGAGCGUGAUAACAGAUAUCAUCAAGAGGGGGCGUGUCCCCUUGGUGGUGGGCGGGUCUGGACUGUAUUUUCGUACGCUAAUAGAAGGGGCUAGUGGUGCUCCCCCCUCAAGCCCCGCCUCCAAGGCUAUGGUGGAGGAGAUGGUACAGAGAGAUGGUGGUGUCUGGGAUGUGAGUCUAGAGAGGCUGCGAUCACUAGAUCCCGACUAUACUGCCAAACUGGAGUGCAAUGAUUGGUACAGAUUAAAGAGAGCUCUGGAAAUAUGCACUCUGUCUGGACAAACAGUCACCUCCUUCAAGAGGGACUACAGUGUAGAUGAGGCGGAGUAUAACUUCAAGUGUCUAUUCCUAACUAUGCCACGACUGCCCCUCAAACAAAGAAUAGACGCACGUUGUGAGCUAAUUGUGGAACAAGGUCUCUUUCCAGAGGUGAUUGGACUGGUACGUGAGGGAGGCUUGGUGGCCGAGAGCCAGGCAGGGAGGAGCGUGGGCUAUAGACAAGCUCUCGAGUUCCUAGCCUCUGUGUGGGGGUACCCAGGCAAUGGCCCCCCAUACCAGCUGCAGGUGCCCCCUGAUAAGCUAAGACAACUAUUCCUGGACUUCCUGCACAACUACCAGGCCAAAACAAGACAGUUGUCAUCUGUUCAGUCGACUUGGAUUAAGAAGUCUCCUUAUUUCCACUGGUUGAAUCUGGCACCAGGAGGCACCCGGCUACCUACUGAGGUGGUGGCUGGGGGCGUGGCUGAGUGGUUCAAUACUGACACACCUUUGCCUUUGGAUUGGUCAGGAGAGCCUCUCAAAGAAAUUACUGUUGAGGAGAGGGAGGAGCUUAAACGCUAUGGCAGCAAGCACACGCAACUCAACAUAUAUUCUGACCCAACCAAAGUGGACAUUGUUUUGAAACAGAUAGAAACUUGCAUACAAACAAUAGACAAUAGUAAAUUAAUGAUGUCAUAAUAAAUUAAUGAUGUCAUAAUGUUUUUGAUCUGA